CGUUAAACGAAAGAGAAACAAAAUCGAAUAGUUGCCAGUAAAAAAAAUAUCAGCAGUCCAAUACGAAUUUCAUUCAUAAAUUCCAAUUAGGGCAUUUCACGUUUUAUCAAUCUUGGCUACUAUUUUCUAAUUCAACUUUUGUGUAUUGUUAAUAUAAAUUAAUUUGAUUAUAUGAACUGUUUAAUUACAUCUGAUUAACUAUCAUAAAAAAGCAAAAUAAAUGUUCAUACGUUUAUAUCAAAAUAGGCUUAAUUUUUUAUGAUAAUACAUUUAUUUAAAACUUUAAUCUUUUAUAUUUAAUGUAUAUUCGUAGAAACGAGUAAUUAUUUAAAUCACAAUUUUGCAGGUUAUCUUUAAUUUUGUAACGAUGUUAUACACUUCAGCUCUAGCAACACUAAUUCCUAAUUCACCUUUAUAGUUAGCGGGAAAUUUGAAAUAGUUCAACGGGAAUCACGCCCUAACUCAAAGACAUUACCGCGUUUUUAUGUUUAAUAAAAACAAAUGCACAAGGGGCACCGACGAGCAUUAAUGAACCAGUUAUUUGAACAAACGUCACACGGAAUCUAUGUGUUAAGUCAAAACUAAUUUACGGGAGUGCCGGGGGUUGAUAGCGUAAUACAAGGUGUGGCAAACCACUCCUAGGAAUAGAGACAAUUAGUUUUUAUUCCGAGUGAACCGUUUAGCGGACGCGUCGUAUUCACAAACGUUUUUAUUGUAUAUAUUUGUUGAUAAAGUAUAUUAUAACCACAAUGGAGAUUGGAGAGAAGAUCUUCGCGGGUAUGGAGGAACCGCAAUGGCUGGAGCAGAAAGUUAUGGGGGAACUAAAGCUUUGGCACAUCAUGUUCAUUUGUUUAGGCGUGGUAACAGUUAUGAUCGUGAUGGUGUGUUGUUGCUUCCGGUUCCGGAUUCCCCGCACGAAGCAGCAGAUAGAGGCGGACUACCAGCGGCGGAAAAUAACCGCCAAGUUCCGGCACCAGCUAGAGACUAUACACGACAACAAGAUGGACGCCAUGUCGCUCACUGACGGUAUUUUUCUCCUACUACGUUGGAGUUGCUUCACGAGAAGACGGAGAAAUCUAAACCUAUGGAUAACAACGGGUCACAGCAGAGCUCGGUCGUUUCGCCGCAGCAAAGUUCGCUGGACGCGGCGUUCCCCGAGGGGCAGCCGCAGAAGCCCGAGCCGCAGGUGGCGGGGCUCAGCUUCGUGAAGUUCGCCUCCAAGGUCAGCCACCUCGCCAAGCUGGCCGGCACCGGCAGCGGCAGGACGCCCCCGCCGCCCGCGCCAAACAAGAUGGACUUUUAAAUCGACUUAUACUGUACAACUUGCAUAAUAUUGCAAGUUGUACAUAUGUUGUAAAAAAACAAAAAGCAUUUAUUUCGUUAAAUAUUACAACAUAACACUCAUGGUUGGGUGUAUUCUCAGUGUAGAAAUUAAAAAGUGGCAAUAUUGUAGUGUCGUCCCGUUUUCUUAGAUUGCUUUGAAAGCGACGACACUACAGUAUUGCCACUCUUUAAUUUUUACACUUUCUUGUCGGACUUGUAUAUAGGGCCAUACUAGAAGCCGUAGGACCCAGCCAAGAUGAAAAUCGCACUUCGACAAACGCCAAACGAAAACAAAUAAUGUAUCGGGAUGAUAGAUGCUACGCAAAAUAAUGUAUCGGGAUUAGGGAUGACAGAUGCUACGCAAAAUCACGGGACUUUUUCCAUAAAUUACUUAAGUUUCUAUUGGCGUUUUCUAUUACCGCUUGUAAUCUUGGUUAUCCCCCUUAUCGUACCAUGGCAAACAGGCAUGUUUGCCAGAUGUGGACACACCUUAUCUUAUAUUUCGAACUACAUACCUAGUAAGCUUAGAAAUAGAUUAAAAGUGGAAAAAUUCACUGUCUUGGGUGGGAAUUGAACCCACGACCACUGGAUCACUAGUACAGUGCUCUACCAUCUGAGCCACCAAGACCGUACCCAAUGCCACUUAAUUGUGGUAUUUCCUAUAAAAAGGGACCUUAUUGUCGAUGGCGCUUACGCCAUUAUAAACGAUGCUCCGAUAUAAAUACAAUGCCGCGCGACGCUGUGCGGCGUAAGCGCCAUCGACAAUAAGGUCCCUUUUCAUAGAAAAUGCCCCAAUUGAUUUCUAAGCUUAAUAGCAUCGUUCGCAGAUGUUUCUGCUUGAUACAAAAUUAAUUUACAUACCUAGUUACAUUACAUACAUACAGUUUUUGAAAAACAUGUCAUUUGGCAUACACAUAAUCUCAUACAAGUGUGAUGAAUAUCAUUGUCGGAUACGACAAGGGGCCCAUUUCUAGAACGGUAUUAGUCUAAUAUUAUUAGUGUGUUGCCAUGGUAACCCAAACGAUUUGACAGUUCGUGGACUAAUAAUAUUAGUCGAAUGCGGUUCGAGAAAUGGGUCCAAGGAGGACUAUAUCUACAUAAUAGUAUUAUGUAAUGUUGCCGUAUUAGUAAACAUUCAUUGUAGCAUACUGACAAGUCUGUUUACAAACACAGAAUGCAUAGUUGUAUAAUGUAUAAAAUAUACAAUACUAGUUGUAGUCGUUGUAAAAUGUAAUGUUGCUACUCUUGAAGAAAAACAAUAGUAGAUUGUUAACCAAGGGAUGAAAGGCACUCAUUGCUGCCGAGGUAUUUUGGCGCUCGAACGCAGUGAGAGCGCCAAUAGUCCGAGGCUGAAAUGAUGCCUUUCACCCGAGUUAAACACUCUACUUUUCAUUUCGAAUACGAGAAAAGUAAAAUGAAUGUGUUUUUUAAACAUGACUAAGUAUACAUUUUUAUAGUAUUUCUUGAGGGUACUUUCAAUUAACAAUUUAGGCAAAAGUAUCGUUAUUUAUGGAACGGAGAGUCAAAUAUCAUAAUGGAAAUUGUAUAAAAAAUCAAUUUAAAUUCAAAUUUCAAUUGCUUAUCGUAAAAAAAGUAAAAAAAUCGUACUUCGAACGUAAAAUGCUCUAGUGCAGACACGUAUCAUUUUCUGCACACCUUUUAGAACAACAAUGACCCUCUUUCAGAGCGUGAGAAAUGAAAACAUACAUACCUAUUUUUAUAUUUCCAUUGUUUUACUAUAUACCUCUUGUACUGAUCAAGGAUGUAAGAAAUUAGAAAAAAUAACAAUUAUUCUGUAUUCUAAACUUAACGGGAUAUUCACUUGUAAAUACUAAAACCCGGCCAAGUGUGAGUCGGACUCGCGUUCCAAGGGUUCCGUAUAUUACACAAUUUAAACAAUGUGUUUUUUAUGUGAAACGUGAGUAGUGUCAUUCAAAAACCCGUAGGGGUCGGAUCAAAAACUAAGUAAUUAAGUCCGACUCACGCUUGACUGCAAUUUCUAAUAGGUUUUCCUGUAAUCUAUAGGUAAAGAUCUAUUUUGUGUAUUUUUUUCAAAAUUUUAGAUCCAGUAGUUUCGGAGAUAAAGGGGGGGGGGAUGGUCAUUUUUUUGCCUAUUUUCUUGAAUAACUUCUAAAUGUAUAUCCUAAAAUUAUAAAAAAAUUUUGAGAUUCUCACAAUGAGCUCUUUCAUUUGAUAUAUAACACGAUAUAGUUUGAAAAACUUUAUUUUUUAAUUUUCUCAUUUACCCCCCAAAAGUGGCCCCCAUGUUUAAAAUUCGUUUGUUUACGUUACAUGUCCGUCUUUGGGUAAUAAACUUACAUAUGUAUACCAAAUUUAAACUUAAUUGGUCCAGUAGUUUCGAAGAAAAUAGGCUGUGACAGACGGACAGACAGACAGACGCACGAGUGAUCCUAUAAGGGUUCCGUUUUUUCCUUUUGAGGUACGGAACCCUAAAAAACCAAAAUUUACUAUUCUAUUCCCGAAAGUUAAGAACACAGGAGCCAUUAGGCUAAUUUAACUUAUUUAGUUUACUAGAAUAAUUUCUGGUAGUGCCUUAUGCCGGGAAAAUCCGCUCCCUACCCCCCAAAAGUGGCCCCCAUGUUUAAAAUUCGUUUGUUUACGUUACAUGUCCGUCUUUGGGUAAUAAACUUACAUAUGUAUACCAAAUUUAAACUUAAUUGGUCCAGUAGUUUCGAAGAAAAUAGGCUGUCACAGACGGACAGACAGACAGACGCACGAGUGAUCCUAUAAGGGUUCCGUUUUUUCCUUUUGAGGUACGGAACCCUAAAAAACCAAAAUUUACUAUUCUAUUCCCGAAAGUUAAGAACACAGGACUCACAGGAGCCAUUAGGCUAAUUUAACUUAUUUAGUUUACUAGAAUAAUUUCUGGUAGUGCCUUAUGCCGGGAAAAUCCGCCCCCUGCCUAGUUUUGGAAUUUUUAAUUUAAUGGACAUUUUCUCAUCUUAUCGGACACUGAAGACACGUUAAGUUAGAACCUAAAUCUCUGUAUUAACCACAUGUAUUACGAUUUUAUAAAGACAUGUAGUAGAUAUUAUUUAUAAUAUAAUAAAUAAGUUAAUCGUUUGGAAUAGAUAUACCGUACGUCAAAGAGGAUAUAAUAGGAUAAAGCGGUACUGUCAUAGUAAAUUUUGUAGCCACAGUAAAUUCACUGCCAUCUAUCGACACACGAUUGAAACUAAAAAUAAAAAUAUCAAAAAAUGUAUUUUUAUGUAUGUAUAAAUGAUUUUUUUUAUUUGCAAUAUUUGCAUUAUAAUAAAUUUUUGUAUUAUUGUCACCCAUGUUCUUUCACUGAUAUGCUUUAAAAUUGUUAAAUAACAAACGAAACCGUCAACGCCAUCUAUACGAGAGUAGGCCAAAGAUAAUGGCGCCAUCUGAUCGAGAAUAAAAUUUUCUUAAUUUUCGAGGCACGUUUUUUCCUUAGACUGUAUCCAUCUAUUACGGAGUUAUAUCUAUCUUUGCCGUACGUUAACCAGCUAUAUCACAACCAUAUAAAUUGUGUGACAGUGCACCUGGAAACGGUAGAAAUGAAAACAACAAAUAAUUGCAGUAAGAUGUUUUCUUUAAUCUAGAAAAUAAAAAUACAGUAUAAACGGAUUUUAAAUCACAAGAAUAAUUACAUAUUCACAAAUAACUUCCAUAAUCUGCAGUUUACAUAAUCUGGCGCUUCAACUGACAGAAAAAACAAUCAUCAAAUUGUAAGCUAUAACUUUAAAGCAACAUUUAACUUACAUUUUAUAUUACAUAAAUAAUACAUCUUGCAAAAAAAUUACAUAAAAUUCAAGUUAGCUAAUUUUUUUAGUUAAAUUGUGUCUACACGCUUUAUGUAUUACAUUCCAUUCAUACUCGACUACUUGCCACAUCUUUUAUAAUCUGUCAACAGUUAAUAUUUUGUCGCGUUAUCAACUCAUGCAAUUUAAUUAUGACUUAGCGAUUUACAUUAUUUCAUCCAAACGAACCAUUAAUGAUACUCGUAGUCUAAAUAACUCUCAGUCCAUGACUCAAUCGAUAUUUUGCCACAAUCUCACCUAAAAUUACGUAGUUAAUCUCGCCUACUCUUUGCACUCCUUUAAAA